AUGUUUUCAAGGAUAAUAUGGAAUGCAUUGAUUUUAAACAGUUUAUCUGGAGUAGUUGGAGCUACACUGUUGUGCCAUCUUGGUCAGAAUAACUGUGCAACCUGUAAAAAUGAUCUUCAUGAGAGAGUUGAACAGACUUCAGUUAAAAAACACACUGCAGUAACAAAUACGACAACCGAAGAUAUUGCCCAAGCAACAGAGACUAUGAAAAUAGAUGAUUUUACUGAUUUACGAAACAAAUCAGAAUUUACUAUGUUUAGUCGCACCUUUCAAUCUAUAUUUGAUUGGGAUGACCUAUCCAAAGUACGGGCAUUCUUGAAGAGGUUGGGUUUUACAGAAAAGCCAAAGGGUGAUUAUCUCUUAAUGUGUCUACACGAUCAUUAUUGCUUGAAGAUAUCUGUAUCACAAAAAUAUGUCUGCAGAGAAGCAAGAUUGUUAGCUAUGGCAAAACAUCCUAAUUUACUUCAAAUGUAUAAUCUAUAUGCAUUCAGUAUCAACGUGUUAGUAGAUGAUGUCAACAAGACCUACAUCAUUAAUAUGAUGUUGUUAGAACGCCUUGAGCNUUAUCUCUUAAUGUGUCUACACGAUCAUUAUUGCUUGAAGAUAUCUGUAUCACAAAAAUAUGUCUGCAGAGAAGCAAGAUUGUUAGCUAUGGCAAAACAUCCUAAUUUACUUCAAAUGUAUAAUCUAUAUGCAUUCAGUAUCAACGUGUUAGUAGAUGAUGUCAACAAGACCUACAUCAUUAAUAUGAUGUUGUUAGAACGCCUUGAGCCAAUAAAAGUUGGUGAUAUUAACGGUGAUGUUAAUAAGAUUAGAGAAUUGGCUGAGGGUGUAUUACAAGGAUUAGUGUAUUUGCAUAGUGCUAGAGUUCUUCAUCGAGAUUUGAAACUGGAAAAUAUUAUGCAGAAACGAGUAGGGGAUAAAACAAUAGUCAAGAUAAUUGAUUUUGGUUGUGUUGUAGUAUUAUCACCUGGUGAGGCGUAUAAGCCUAAAGAUAAGGUAGUACAAUGGAAUUAUCCGCCUGAGCAUAUUCUACGCAAAGAGGUAACAUUGAAAAGCGAUAUUUGGUUGUUCGCAUUCUCAUUGGUGUAUCCAUUGAUAUGGAAGAAUAAGACAGUGUCAGAAAGGUAUCGAAUCUGCAGUCAGCAAAUAUUUGCAUGCUUAGGAAACGAUUUGAAUAUUACAGUGAAUGCCGAUAAUGAAAUCCAUUUUCCAUACAUCUGGCCUGACAGCAUUGAUUAUAAUUUGGUUGAUUUUCUCAAAAAGUCAAUAUUGUUCNUGUUCGCAUUCUCAUUGGUGUAUCCAUUGAUAUGGAAGAAUAAGACAGUGUCAGAAAGGUAUCGAAUCUGCAGUCAGCAAAUAUUUGCAUGCUUAGGAAACGAUUUGAAUAUUACAGUGAAUGCCGAUAAUGAAAUCCAUUUUCCAUACAUCUGGCCUGACAGCAUUGAUUAUAAUUUGGUUGAUUUUCUCAAAAAGUCAAUAUUGUUCAAUCAGGAUAAAAGAUGCUCAGCUGAACAGUUGUUAGCACAUCCAUUCAUUACGCAAAAUGAUGAAGUGAAUGACUAA